AUGUUUGACAAUGUUAAAGUAACAGAAUUUGUUAAACGUCCUGGCUUAGGUCGUAUUGGUCGUCCUAUAAGUAUUAGAGCAAGCUUUUUCGAAAUAGCCUCUCUAACCGACUCGAAUAUCCACCACUAUGACAUUAUAAUUAAACCGCAAGUUUCCCCGACUCUAAACAAACCUGUUUUCGAUAGUCGACAUAAUACUUUUGCCGCUAGACAAUUACCUUUUGGCGAUACGGCCAUUUACAACAUAUGUCUUUCGGAAGAUGCCGGUUUUUCAGCUCCUCUGCGACCUCUGCGCCUUUUUAAAGUUAUAACUAGGAAGGUCGCUGUAAUUAAUAUGAAUGAACUUCAUAAAUUCCUUGAUGGAAAAUGUAAAUCAUCACCGACUAUUUUAACAGGAAUUAUGGCCCUUAAUGUAUUAAUUCGUCAAAAGUCAUUCUUGACGUGUAAAACAGUUGGAUUUCGUCAAUCCAUCAGGCCUACACCUGGAAAAAUGAUGAUAAAUGUUGAUGUAAGCGCUACUGCUUUUUAUGAAAGUAGUGAUUUAGUACAUAUGGUUGCAAAGAUACUCGAACGUAAUGUUAAUGAUCUAAAAGGAGGAAUUCAUGAUAGAGAUCGGUUAAAUCUUAAAAAAGCUUUAAAGUAUUUAAAGAUACGUGUUACUCAUUGUGAUGAUGAACAACAUUAUAUUCGCAAAUUUAACGAAAGGCAGACAGCAGAUAUGACGAAGUUUUCUUGUCUACCACCUCAUAUCGGUGCAAACAAAAUUAAACAAGGAUUAGAUAUUCUUGAUUAUCGACAAAAUGAGUAUAUGAAGCAAUUUGACUUGAUUGUAUCUGAGGAAAUGGCUGUAGUUUCAGCCAGGAUCUUACCUGCUCCAACAAUACUGUUUCAACCUUCUUCUCGUACCGCUGUCUUUGUUCCAGAAAAAGGGACAUGGAAUUUACGUGAUAAGAAAGUUGCUACUGGGGCCACACUUGGUUCAUGGUCAUGCGUUGUUUUCGGAAAUUUCGAAACGCAAGCCGUACAAUAUUUAUCAGAGAAUUGA